CGGAGAUACAGGCAAUGCCUGAAGGAUCCAGUUCCCUUCAGCAGAUGAAGCAGGAACCUCUAAGCAAAGCUGUUGCAAUGGACACCUACUACAUGUUCAGCUAUUACUUGAUCCAGUUCUGUGGUCAUUCCUGGACGUUUACCAAUAUGAUCAUGAGGUUCUUGUCCUUUGGGGAAGAUUCCGUGGCAGAUACUUUCUAUUCUAUUGGACUCGUGAUGCGUAUUUGCCAGUCAUUGUCUAUACUGGAGCUCUUGCAUGUAUUUCUUGGCAUUGAAAAAGAUCGGUUUUUCCCAAGGCUUUUACAGAUUACAGAAAGAAUCAUAAUCUUAUUUGUUGUGAUUGCCAGUCAAGAAGAGGUUCAAGGGAAAUUUGUGGUGUGCCUCUUAUUUUUUCUCUGGAGCUUCCUUGAUGUGGUCAGAUAUACUUACUGCAUGUUAGCAGUAAUAGGAAUUCACUUCCAAGGAUUAACACAACUAAAUUAUGUGCUGUGGAUUCUUUUAUAUCCAUUAUCAGUGCUGGCUGAAGCAUUUGCUAUAUAUGAGUCACUGCCUCACUUUGAAACUUCUGGCACUUACUCCAUCAAACUGCCCUUGCCGUUUGCUGUGCCCAUCUACUUUCCUUAUAUACUAAAAAUGUACAUGGUAACGUUGUUUGGAGGUAUGUGCUUCAUUGUCCGGCACCUCGAUACAGAAUGGAACGCUCAUCUCAGAUGUUGCAACAGCAAAGCAAAAAGCAGCUAACUCGGGUUUUUUUCCCUUGGGCAAGGAGGAAAAUGGCUUCAGACAUCCUGCUGGUAAACACACUUUGAAAAGCUAAGCACUGACCAUAUUCUUCAAGCAAUAAAGAGACAGUUAUUUACCACCAGCUUAAAGAAGUAAUGUGAUGCCACACGCUCACCGGAUAGAUCCUCUGAAUCAUGGCUGCAUGAAUGAAGCACGUGCGCAUAACGGGCAUGAGUUGAUGAACAGAGCUGAUUUCAUUUUUAGAACAUGUUUUUAGCUUUAAUGGCUGUUAAACAAAUGUGAAGGCAAGCCCCCCCAAAUUCCAGUGACUCUUUACCGGCACAGGAGUGCUUGCAACAGCUCCCCUGUUCACUUCAAAGGAGCACAUAAUCUGCUGCCUCUAUCAAAGCCAGUGGGGAAGCUCCAUUUGUGCAGGAGCGCCAUGUGCACAUGGAAACUCCUAUCUUGUGUGCACAUUUUUUCUUAUACUCACUCAAGAAUGUUUAAAAGCUGCCCUCUGAAAUGCUCUCUGUUACUAGCACUACCAUAAAGUACCUUGAAACUUUCAGGAUUCAAAGAUCUUAUCUGAAUUUAUGUUGUCGCUUCAGGCAACAAAUAGAAUUCAAAAGCUGAAGAGCAAGCAUAGUAUAAUGGCUGGAGUGUUGGACUAGAACCUGGGAGAUCCAGGUUCAAAUUCUCACUCUUCUAUGGAAGCUUACUUACAGUCACAUGUUCUCAGCCUUACCUACCUCACAGGGUUGUUGUGAGGAGAAAAUAGAGAAGAAUGAUG